GUGAGCGUCACCUGCCCGGCAGCGGCGGCUGCGGAGGCCUUCACCUGCCCGGCGGUGCCGCCAGCGCCGCCGUGUCCGCCGGCCCCCGCGUGCCUUCCGUGCGACGGGGCGAGCGCGAGUGCGCCUGAGGCGGAGAGCCGGCACGAUUGCUGGCCCGAGACGCGUGUGGCGCUGAGCUUCGUGUGCGUGUUCGGCGGGCUGGCGGUCCUGGUCGGGUUCGUGCUGGGAACCUGCCUGGUGAACUACGGGGCCCCCGAGUGGCACUGGCGGAUAGUGCUCGCAGGUCUGGUGUCCUCGGACUCCCGGGCCCUGAUAUUGACGCCGGAUGGUGACAUGUACAUCGAGGACUUCAAUGAGGCCGUUGCGGUGCGGUGGUUGGGGCCCAACAGUGAAGUCCCUGAAGGGAACCCCCGGCAGCUGAUCUACCACUUCGGGGAGUUCCCGUCGGCGGCCACCCUCCGCCGGCUCAUGCAGGAGGGCGCCUACACCGCCGGCCUGGAGGACCAGCGGCGCGGGUUCGGCGUGGCUGUCUGGGGCGCUGGGGGCGCCGCGGAUGCUGCAGCUGGUGGUGCGGCCGCCGGCCCUGGCGGUGGCGCCGGCCGCGUGGCGGCGGGAGCUCCCGCCUUCGUGCCGGCGCAGCCGUCGGCGCUGGGGGCCCCCAGCGGCGGGGAGGACGAUGGCCCAGGCCCGGGAGCCCUCCAGGGGCGGAUGGGCGUGGGCCGGGACUUCAGGCCUCCCGCGCGGCCGACCGCGCAGCCGGUGUCCGUCCACACGGUCCGCUGGGUGGCCGCCGAGAGCGUCGAGUACCCUGGCGGGAGCGUGAUCCGCGGCGACGACGUGGCCUUCAACGACUCCGAGCUCGUGGCGGGCCGCAGGGGGGUGAUCGUGCUGAUGGGCGAGUCCGCGCUGAUCGAGGACAUCGGCGACGGGGACGUCGAGGCCUACAGGUCGAAGGAGGCCCACCAUGACGCGAGGCUGCUCAAGCUGCAGAGGGACUCGCGAGGUGCUCGGCACCGGCCAUGGCGUGACGUGGCUCGCGACGUGAGUGCGGUGAAGCAGGACGACUGGCCGGUGCCGGGCCCCCAGACGGCGGAGUGGUGCACGCAGUUCCUCGACCAGUGGGGCGUGUCGGAGCACGAGACGCUGGCGAAGAUCCUGGAGCGCCUCGGGACCCACGACCAGUGCGACGUCGUGAACUUGGCGAGCGCCGAGGACAUCCUGAGGCGCACGCAGCUCAUCGAGUACUUCUACUGCGAGGUCGGCCGGCAGGCGGAGACCGGCAAGCAGCAAGACAAGAAGGGCGGCAAGGGCGCCCGCGUGGAGGAGAUGGCGAUCUUCAGCGGGAAGCACCGCGAGUACGGAGAAGUGGGGCGCAGCUUGGGGAUGAUCCAGACUGCGGUAGCCGAGCUCGGCCGCCCGCCCGCUGGCCUGACGCGCCAGGGAGCCCUAGCGGAGCUCCUGGCUAAGCGCAGCUUCACCGGAGAAAAGGCGGCGGCGCGGGUGGCCGAGUCGGCCUUGAAGCGCCCGUGCUAUGAUCCUUCGCUGCAGGGCAGGCCGCGCAGGCACGCGCGCCUCCUGGCGGCCCUCGACGGCGCAGGCAUUCUCGAGUGGAGGCGGCGCGGGUCGCCUCGAGUGGGCCUGUUCACUGCUUGGAAAAAGAAUGGCAAGCAGAGGUUGAUUGUUGAUGCUCGUCUGUCUAAUCUGUGCUUCGCUCAGCCUGACCCUGUGGACCUUGCCACUGGCGGAUCGUCUGCUUCUCUCGAGGUCGACCCCGGACCCCCAGUGUGCCUGGCCCAGGUCGACAUCCAGCCCGGCGUGACCCUCGCUAACAAGCUUUCGGAUAAGAAGCCGGGAAUGCAGCUAGGUCUCUUGGAGAGGGGCUUUGCUGCUGGCAGGGGCCUCGAGGCCAUCCUAGGUGGGUGCGUGGCGGAGCGCGAUCUCCUGCCCGUCGCGGAGGCUGGCCGGUGGUCGGACCGGUGGCGCUUCUCGCGGGGGGCUGAGGAUCGGGUUCGGCCGAGGGGCGCCUCGCUCCGGGAGGAGCUCAACAUGGCCGCGGCGGCCGGCCUGGAUGACCUGGACCGCGUCGGGGCGGCCCGGCACCUGGGCGCCCUCGGCGAGGUUGACCGGGGCGGGGCUGUCCCGGAGAUCGGGCCUCAGAUCCUCCAGGGCUCCUGGACCACCGUCUCGGCCGGCCGCUGGAAGCGCCGGGAGGCGAUGCCCAUCUUGGAGGGCCGCGCUCUGGUCUGGGGAGUCCGCCACGUCGGCCGAGGUUUAAGCGAGUUUGGCAAGCGAGUCCUGUUUUUGACCGAUGGGCUGUCCGAGGCUUUCGGCCUCCGCCAGGACUGGCAGAGCCAGAUGUCGACGGGGCUUCCUCGCCCGCGCAGUGGUGUCCCGAACCUGGAGGCCCCUCGAGACUCGCCCCCCCCGUCGGGCAGCCUGGUCCGACCGGGUGGCGCGGCGAAGCGGCGGGCGAGCCCGGCCGCGCUGCCGACCCUAGCGCGGGCUGCGCCACCGCCGCCGGCGCCGCGCGUGCGCCCUGGGGGCCGGGCCCGGGCGGCGGCGGCGACCCGGCGGGUCAAGCCGCGGCCGGAGGUGCAGGCCACCUGGGCGGAGCGUGCCGCCGCGCCGCAGGGGGGGUUCCCCGAGGACAAGCGCACGACGGACGGCGAGGGCCUCACGUUGCUGGAAAGGGAGAGCGUGGGAGACCACAACCAGCGGGUCUACCAGUCCGCCCUCGCCGAGUUCAGGAGCUUCUUCGUGACCUUGGGCCUCCGCCUCAGGACCGCCGCAGACUACGACGAGGCGGCCCUGGAGUGGGCCCACCAGACGUUCUUCGACGGCGGCGACGCGCAGGAGGGGACCAAGCUGAAGGCGGUGCUGCAGUAUUACCCCCCGCGGCUGCUGGCCACAGUCACGUGCGCGGCGGCAAACAAGCUGGCAGCCAGCCAGGACCUGCACGCCGCGCGCCUCAUCAUCGUGAUGUUCGUCUUCUACCCUCGGCCCGUGGAGCUGAUGUCGCUGACCGGGCGGCAGGUGGUGCCGCCAGUGCGGGCGGCCGGGCACAACGCCUGGUCGAUCGUGCUGUUCCCAAUGGAGGAGGAGACGCCCAGCAAGACCGGCGCGUGCAACGAGAGCCUCCUGGGCAACCUGCCGUUCUACAACUUCAUCGGGGACGUGCUGAAGCUGCUCGAGGCCGGCGUGGGCGACAAGGAGCUGGCGGCGCAGGUGCGAUACGCGCAGCUGGCGCAGGCGUUCCGAGCGGCGGGCCAACAGCUGGGGCUCGAGGGCCCGCCCGGCCUGCACCAGCUGCGGCACGGCGGGGCGUCCGCCGACCUCGCCAUCGGCCGCCGCAGCAUCCCAGAAGGCUCGCGGCCGCUGGGCGAGCGACAGCUCGGUGACGAAGUACGGCAAGGGCGGCCGCGUCGCCGACCAGCUGGCCAAGCUGCCGGAGCUUUUCCUCGAGCACGCCAUCGCCUGCGCCAAGAAGAUUGGCGGCAUCCUCUGCGGACGCUGCCAACCUUUGCCGCCCGUGCGGGCGGCGCCGUAGCGCUCGAGGUGUUCAGCGGCUCCGGCAACCUCAGCCAAGCCUGGCGGCGGCGGCAGCGUGCCCUGGGGCAUGCCAUCUUUGAUUGGGACCUCCGCUGGGGCGACGAGUAUGACCUGACCCGCCAGCGUGCUCAGCGCCUGGUGCGAGGAUGGGUCAACAACGGGCUGAUCGCCGCCGCGUGGCUGGGGGCCCCCUGCCACAGCUGGAGCCGCGCGCGGGACAUCCGACCCGGGCCACCGCCCCUUCGGAGUGAUGUUCACGCGAUGGGCUUGCCCGACCUGGCGCCCCGUGACGCCGAGAAG